GCAGCGGGACUCGGGGCUCCACGGAGAGACGGACGAAGGACGGGAAACUCGCUCAGAAGCGCGUUAAAACGCGACGGAGCCGCCGCACAGCGCACAGCCCCGGCCCGGCGGAAGGGAGUCGCCGCGGGUUAGUUCACGGGCGUGGGUCAGAGUGUUUCUCCGUGUUUCCCCCCCCCCGUGUUUUCAGGAGGGAGGAGGUGGAUCGCGCCGCCGCCAUCUUUGGGAUUGAUCGCUGGAAGGGAGAGAGAGGCAGCGAGCCUGACCCGAGUGGGCUGUCGGGGAGGAGUUUGAACACAUUAAACAUCAAUAACGCCUCGCUUUACCAACAAUAACACGCAGUAAUCACGUUUGGCGUCAAUAAAAGCCGCGUCUCGGCCCCCGUCUCUUGCCUGGUAUCGUUCUGUUUUGCCUGGAUACCGGGUUAACUUUUCUUCCCUUUAACCCUGGCCUCCGGGACGGGUGCCCAUGCUGAAGAGGCCUCGCUCCUGCAGAUGAGCCAGCGGUCGGGGCGGCAGCGCAGUCGCACACCCAGAUAGCUGUGCUCUGCCGGGCAGGGAGGAGGGAGGAUGCCGUCCACCAGCCGAGCGGGGAGCCUCAAGGAUCCCGAUAUCUCUGAGCUAUUCUUCAAGGAGGACCCAGAGAAACUCUUCACAGACCUGCGGGAGAUCGGCCAUGGCAGCUUCGGGGCCGUCUACUUUGCACGCGACGUGCGCACUACAGAGGUGGUGGCUAUCAAGAAGAUGUCCUACAGUGGCAAGCAGUCCAAUGAGAAAUGGCAAGACAUAAUCAAAGAGGUGAAGUUUCUGCAGAGGGUACAACACCCCAACAGUAUAGAGUACAAAGGCUGCUAUCUGCGGGAACACACGGCAUGGCUUGUGAUGGAAUACUGUCUGGGGUCCGCUUCAGACCUGCUGGAGGCGACUUCAAUAGCACUGAAUGCCCGAAACGGGAGCCAAACAGUUCACAAAAAACCUCUGCAGGAAGUGGAGAUAGCAGCCAUAACCCAUGGUGCUUUGCAGGGAUUAGCCUACCUUCAUUCCCACAACAUGAUUCACAGAGAUAUCAAGGCUGGGAACAUCCUGCUGACGGAGCCUGGCCAGGUGAAGCUUGCUGACUUCGGCUCCGCCUCCAUCGCCUCUCCUGCCAAUUCCUUCGUGGGGACUCCAUAUUGGAUGGCCCCCGAGGUGAUUCUUGCCAUGGAUGAAGGGCAGUAUGAUGGGAAGGUGGAUGUCUGGUCUCUUGGGAUUACAUGCAUUGAAUUAGCGGAGAGGAAGCCUCCCUUGUUUAAUAUGAAUGCAAUGAGUGCCUUAUAUCACAUAGCUCAGAAUGAGUCUCCAACACUGCAGUCCAAUGAAUGGUCAGAAUAUUUUCGAAACUUUGUCGACUCCUGCCUUCAGAAAAUUCCCCAGGACAGACCCAACUCUGAGGAGCUCCUGAAGCAUGCCUUUGUCCAGCGGGAGCGUCCGGAGACGGUGCUGAUUGACCUGAUCCUGCGCACCAAGGACGCGGUGCGGGAGCUGGACAACCUGCAGUACCGCAAGAUGAAGAAGAUCCUGUUCCAGGAGGCACACAACGGGCCGGCCGCAGAGGCCCCCGACGAGGAGGAGGAGCCCGAGCACAGUGUGGGACGGACCGGCACAGUGAACAGCGUGGGCAGCAACCAGUCCAUCCCCAGCAUGUCCAUCAGCGCCAGCAGCCAGAGCAGCAGCGUCAACAGCCUGCCAGACGCCUCGGACGACAAGAGCGAGCUGGACAUGAUGGAGGGAGACCACACUGUGAUGUCCAACAGCUCUGUCAUACACCUCAGACCGGAUGAGGAGUGCUACAGGGAUGAUCCAGACCCCCAAGGCAGGCCGCCUGAACCACAGUCUCCCCCACCUCAGACCCCACGGCACAAAUCACACUACCGCAACAGAGAGCACUUUGCAACCAUCCGCACAGCCUCAUUGGUGACUCGUCAGAUCCAGGAGCAUGAACAGGACUCUGAGCUCAGGGAGCAGAUGUCCGGGUACAAGCGCAUGCGUCGGCAGCACCAGAAGCACCUGAUGGCCUUGGAGAACAAGCUGAAGGCAGAGAUGGACGAGCACCGGCUGAGACUGGACAAGGAGCUGGAGACGCAGCGCAACAACUUUGCUGCCGAGAUGGAGAAGCUCGUCAAGAAGCACCAGGCUGCCAUGGAGAAAGAUGCAAAGACGUUUGCAAACGAUGAGAAGAAAUUCCAACAGCACAUCCAGACCCAACAGAAGAAAGAACUGAACAGCUUCCUGGAAUCCCAGAAACGAGAGUACAGACUGCGCAAAGAGCAGCUCAAAGAGGAGCUGAACGAGAACCAGAGCACCCCUAAGAAAGAGAAGCAGGAGUGGCUCUCCAAGCAGAAGGAGAACUUCCAGCACUUCCAGGCUGAGGAGGAGGCCAACCUGCUGCGGCGGCAGAGACAGUACCUGGAGCUGGAGUGCCGGCGCUUUAAGAGGCGCAUCCUCAUUGCACGACACAAUGUGGAGCAGGACCUCGUCAGGGAGGAGCUGAACAAGCGUCAGACGCAGAAGGACCUUGAGCACGCCAUGCUGCUGCGGCACCACGAGUCCAUGCAGGAGCUGGAGUUCCGGCACCUCAACACCAUCCAGAAGAUGCGCUGCGAGCUGAUCCGCCUGCAGCACCAGACAGAGCUCACCAACCAGCUGGAGUACAACAAGCGGCGCGAGAGGGAGCUGCGCAGGAAGCAUGUCAUGGAGGUGCGGCAGCAGCCCAAGAGCCUCAAGUCGAAGGAGCUGCAGAUUAAGAAGCAGUUCCAGGACACCUGUAAGAUCCAGACCCGGCAGUACAAGGCCCUGCGGAACCACCUACUGGAGACUACUCCCAAGUGUGACCACAAGGCAGUGCUCAAGAGGCUGAAGGAGGAGCAGACUCGCAAGCUGGCUAUACUGGCGGAGCAGUACGACCACAGCAUCAACGAGAUGCUCUCUACGCAGGCGCUGCGUCUGGACGAGGCUCAGGAGGCGGAAUGUCAGGUGCUGAAGAUGCAGUUGCAGCAGGAGCUGGAGCUGCUCAAUGCCUACCAGAGCAAGAUCAAGAUGCAGACGGACGCCCAGCACGAUCGGGAGCGCAAGGAGCUGGAGCAGAGAGUGUCCCUGCGCCGAGCGCUGCUCGAGCAGAAGAUCGAGGAGGAGAUGAUGUCUCUGCAGAGUGAGCGCUCGGAGCGGAUCCGCAGCCUGCUGGAGCGCCAGGCGCGGGAGAUUGAAGCCUUCGACUCGGAGAGCAUGCGUCUGGGCUUCAGCAACAUGGUGCUGUCCAACCUGUCUCCUGAGGCCUUCAGCCACAGCUUCCCGGGGGCCACGAGCAGCUGGGCCCACCACCACCACCCCCACCACCUGGCCGGCUCCCAGGGGCCCCCCCACCACCACCACCACCACCAUCACCCCAUGCAGGGGCCGGGGGGGUCCACGCAGGCCUGGGGACACUCCGUGCAGGGAGGAGGCCCCCAGCCUUGGGGACAUCCCUCCUCGGGGCCCUUAGGUGCCGUGCCGAGGGGCGGGGGUGGCAUGGGUGUGCGGAACAGCCCUCAGGCGUUGCGGCGAACUGCCUCCGGGGGGCGCACUGAGCAGGGCAUGAGCAGGAGCACAAGCAUCACCUCACAAAUAUCCAACGGUUCGCACCUGUCCUACACGUAAAUUAUACGUAGCAGAGCAAAGUGUGUGUGUGUCAUUUUUAUAUAUAUAUAUAUA